GUAAAAAGUAAAAGGGAGCAUUGUAAAGAUGUGAGUGGGAUAUUGACAACCGGUUUGAACGGUUGCCCACCCGAAUUCCGAAAUCUGGCCGCAAAACAAAAACAGCGGCACGCCGGCACCUGACUUCCCCAAUCGAGAAGUGAUUGAAUUCCUGUAAAACCCUAGAAAUUCGUCCGGAAAUCUCCAUGGCACCCCCAAAUCUCCAGCAAAACAAGCCCUCCGCCGCCGUGCCACAUCUUCCUCCGUCAGUUCGUUCACAUCAUUCCCCCAGAAAACGUUUCCUCGACGGAUCUCCCUCGAAUUCGGCGUCAUUUGAAUCAACCUGGCUGGAUCAGCUACCCAAGCGGAUAACCAGAGGCCAACCCAAUUUAUCCGACUGCCAUGGUUGCCGGACUCGGAUCAACCCCUCGAUACCAAAGGAUCGACUCCGAACCCUAGACAGUUACUGGAGGAUUGUCCUCCUCUGUAAGAAGUGCUUCAAUUUGGUCAGUUCUGCGCGGAUAUGCGCUUACUGCUACAAUGAGACAUUGAACUUGGACUGUUUCUCAUGCAGCCUCUGCGCAAGGUGCAUCCACAAAAGCUGCGUUUUGAGGUAUGAUCAUUCUAGCCCGUGGUCUUAUAGCCUUAAGGAAAGGGAAAAGGAAUCCGACUUUUCAGUUUGCAUAGAUUGUUGGGUUCCUAAGUCGCUUAAGAAUUCAAAAUCGUACAGUAGUGUUGACAAGGCUGUGUUGAGAUCACGUGCCACCUGGAAUAGAUCUAAGAUUUCUUUGAAUGAUUAUGAUGCUACUCCAUUGGAAAAGUCUGCAAAUGGUUCGAGUUCUGAGUCCAAUAAGAAGAUUUUGGUUUCCCAAAAAGAAGAAAAGAAGGCUUUAGGAAAGACAGUGCCAGUGAACGGGGAGAUGGAAAUGACACAUUAUGUAUUAGGACUGGCUGCUGACAAUGAAGCAAAUGAUAAUAAUCGGAGGUUGAUGGCAAGAAAUAGUAUAAAUUGCAGCAGUAGUUCUGAUGCUGAUAGUGUUACCAAGAACAUGGACAAUGCAGGAUUGGGUUUUGAAUUUCAUUUUUGUAAAAAUGCAUCUCCUCAUAUAUCAAAAAGUUCACACUUGGAAAACAAAAACAACAUCCCCAUUCCAAAUGUCAGGGAGUGCUUCAAUGUAGUCAGUGAAACAAUGGAAUAUGGAAAUACUUUCAAGUGCAAUGAAGGCGGGGAGAUUGUGGUCUACAAAAGAACUAGACUACGAGAAAGAUGUGAUUUGAGGAUUUCGGAAGGCUCUGUUUGUGUUAGGGACAAAGAGGUCAGUUCUUUUGGUUUGAGUAAGAAUGGAAAUAAAUUAAGAACCUACAUGCGGACUAGACUGAAGAGGAAAGCACUCCAUGUAAAUGAAACAAAUAAUGUAUUCUUCAGUGUUGAUGAAAGGUGCAAUUUUGGCAAUGACACUAGAGUGAUUUCAGAAUCACAGUCUAUUCAGCAAGGUGAUUUUCUCCAGCAGUCACUUCCCUGUCAAGUUAGCAUUCCAUCCCGAGACAAAUGUGAUCAAGAUGUUACCGUGGAAACUGAGAGGGGCAACACGAAGGAGGACCUUUACAUGUGUAAAUACUCUAGACGGUGUAGAGUUUCAAAACCAGUGGCACAUCAUGAAACUAGCAUGCAUGGUGAUACUUUGACGCAAGGCUUGUCUCUGCAUGAAGUGAAGUGUGAUGGAAAGGUUACUCUGCAGAACAAGAGCUGCAAUAGUAGUAAGGACCGCUACUCAUUGAAAUACUCCAAGAGGCAUACAGGUCUUUUACCAGCACCCAAAACCAUAGCUGUAAAGUUAGAUAAUGAAACUGGCAUGCAUGGUGAUGCUUUGUCUCAUGAGUUGCCUUUGAAUGAAGUAAUGGAUCCAUUGCAAGAAGUAAUAGAUCAUUGCCAGGUGAAGUGUGAUGAUAUGGUUACCUCACAGUAUGAGAGCUGCAAUGGAAAGGAAGGUUGUUACUCCUUCAAAUACUCCAAGAGGCAUGUAAACAAUCCUAAUUUGCAGAACGAUACCAGCGAUACAGACGUACGGUACUUGAUCAAAUACUCCAAGAGGCACACUAGUCCUUUACCAGCAUCCAAGAUCAGAUCUUUGAAUUUAGAUCAUGAAACGGACAUGCGUGGUGAUUCUAUGUCUCAUGAGUUGCCUUUGAAUGAAGUAAUUGAUCCAUACCAGGUGAAAUGUGAUGACAAGGUUACCUCACAGACUGAGAGCUGCAAUGAGGAGGGCCGUUACUCUGUGAAAUACUUCAAGAGGCGCACAGGAAAGGUUAAUUUGCAGAAAGAUAACAUCAAUAUGGAUGCAGCGUACUUAGAAAGUUACUCAAGGAGGCACACUGGUCCUUUAUCAGAAUGCAAAACAAGACCUGCAAAGUUAGAUCAUGAAACAGGCAUGCAUGGUGAUGCUUUGUCUCAUGAGUUGCCUUUGAGUGAAGCAAUGGGUCCAUGUCUGGCGAAGUGUGAUAAGGUUACAUCACAGCAUGAGAGCUGCAAUGAGGAGGAUCGUUACUCGUUGGGAUACUCAAAGAUGUACAUAGACAAGGCUAACUUGCAGAAAGAUAACAGCAAUAUAGACGUACGGUACAUAAUAAAAUACUCCAAGAGGCAUGCUGAUCCUAAAAAGGAGUUGGAACAUCAGUGUGCAUGAUGCUCAUCAUAAGUUUGGAGGACACAUUGGGACUUUGCAGUCAUCAUCGUUCCGACAAGGGCUAACCCAGUCUGGCUUUAUUGCACAGACAAUGUUUCUUGAUGCAACGGACCUUUCCUUCAACGCAAAUAACACUUCUGCAAUCUG